AUGACCAACCCACGGGUAUCGGACGAUACGUCCAGUCCCAGCGGCACUGGUGGCCCGCCCCCCAGACAGCGACAGGACAGACCGGAGAGAACGACGCAGAGAUAUCGAGUCCCUGAACAGAGACAGCCAGCCUCCUCGACCUUGGAUGGUCUGGAAUACGGUUUGAACAACGCGAACACACAGCUGCGGGCGCUCCUGGAGUACACAAACACGAGCAUCACAUCGCCUCUUACCCCAUCGUUACAUAUACACACGGCCCAGCACGACCAGGCAGAAGACAGCCGACGAGCCAAGCGCCGAAAGCUAGACUGCGACAGACCGGGCUCCACGUUCAAGGGAUUCCGCUAUGGCAGAUUUGGGCAGGUUGAGCCCGGCCAGUUGAAGAUGGAAAUUCACAGCUGUGAUGGCGGCGUAUACGAAGAUAAUGCAAACAACCCGCCGGAGAACAUCUUGAUGAACAAUGACGGGGUCUACUGCUCCAAGAAAGACAGCUGUAACAUCGUGUUGAGACACCAGGGUGCGACCGUCUUCACUCUGACCGAGCUGAUCAUACGAGCACCGGGACCCAAGUUUUCUGCACCCGUUCGAGAGGGGUUGGUCUUUGUGUCGAUGGCAACAGACGAGCUCUUCACGCGAACGGCACAGUACAAGGUCAAAUAUGUCUUAGCACCGGAGCCGCGAAGCUCUAAUGCGGAGCGGGAUCCCGCUCCAAUACUGUCAGUGCGGCACAACGAGGAUGGAACAACAAUUACGAGGCUGCAUCAGCAGCCCACGCUCGCACGGUUUGAGCUCCAUUAUAAGACGGCAGUCUUUCCUGCCGAACCACUGGGGUUCCCGGUCACGAUAGCCACGGAUUGUAGCGACCCCGAGGAUAACGUCCCGCACCCGAGGCUCCGAGGGCUCCCUCAUGAUGUGAUUGGCAUGAUGCCGUUUGAGAGCGACAGCAGUGAAGAUGAAGAGAACAAUGUGAACGCCUGGGAUGAUAUACGCUUUGACGACGAGGAAGACUUUCCACAGCAGCCUACACCUCCCCGUCGUUCACACGGACUGACCUUGGCAGAGGUAGCAGAGGCAUCUCAGCUCGCAACACAAGAGGCCGUGCAGGCUGUGGGCGGCAAGCUUCUCCGGCCGCACGCAAAGUUCUUCAUCGAGAAGGGCAAGAACCGGUGCACCAUCAAGUUCGACCCUCCCGUCACUGGAAGAUUCAUACUUUUGAAGAUGUAUCAUCCGUCUGACAACAUUGACAUCCAAGGAGUAUACGCCAAGGGCUUCGCGGGGCCACGAUAUUUCCCUUCUCUUGAACUGCGUUGA